AUGCCUACGCCUCGUAGUAAUGUGAUUUGGGCGCCAUAUGGUAUUGAGGCGCCAUCGUUGUCGUUAGAGAACGCGACUCAAGGCCAGGCAUCUGUGCGCGAUACAGCUCCGGACGAUACCAUACGCAUUAUGCUUGCAACUGACAAUCAUAUCGGUUACAACGAACGGGACCCUAUCCGAGGCCAGGAUUCGAUCAAUGCUUUCAAGGAAAUACUUCAACUCGCCGUUAAACACGAUGUCGACUUUAUUCUUCUUGCUGGUGAUCUAUUCCAUGAAAAUAGGCCGUCGCGAGACUGCCUUUACCAAACCAUGGCUUUGCUGCGCGAAUACACGCUAGGCGACAAACCAAUCCAAGUGGAGUUGUUGAGUGAUCCGGAAGAAGGAAAGGCGUCCGGAUUUUCCUUUCCUGCAAUCAACUAUGAAGAUAACAACCUGAAUGUUUCAAUACCGGUGUUCUCUAUUCACGGCAAUCAUGAUGAUCCUCAAGGCGCUGGGCCGGAAGGAGCCUUAUGUGCUCUCGACAUGCUCUCCGUUGCCGGCCUUGUAAACUACAUGGGUAAAUUCGAUUUGCCACUAUCAGCUUCAGACGCGCAGAACCCAGAGCAACCGAACGGCAUCACGGUUAAACCCGUCUUGCUAAGGAAGGGGAACACGCGUCUCGGCCUGUACGGUGUUGGUAACGUCAAAGAUCAGCGCAUGCAUUUCGAGCUACGAAGCAACCGUGUACGAAUGUUUAUGCCUAAGGAUAAGGAUGAUUGGUUCAACGUACUGCUAGUACACCAAAACCGGGUCAAACGUGGUCCUCAAGAGUACGUACCUGAGGGCAUGUUCGAUGAUAGCAUCGAUCUGGUUGUCUGGGGUCACGAGCAUGAUUGCCGUAUCGUCCCUGAACCGGUAGCGGGGAAAAAGUACUUCAUCACGCAGCCGGGGUCAUCUGUAGCGACUUCGCUUGCGGACGGAGAAGCACUGGAAAAGCAUGUCGCGCUGUUGCAGAUUCAAGGCAAAGAAUUUCAGCUGACGCCGAUUGCCCUUCGAACGGUUAGGCCAUUUGUGAUUGAAGAGGUCGUUCUCUCUGAAAUCGCGGACGAGGAAGGGCUGGAUCUCAGUGAGCAGAUGGAGAUCACGAAGUUCCUCAAAGCCAAGGUUAACCACCUGGUACAGAGAGCCAACGAAAUCUGGGUGGAGCGCAACCAGCGCUCCAUAGAAGAUGGCGAGGAGCCACUGGAUCCAAUGCUACCACUUGUUCGACUUAAGGUGGAUACUACCGGUGUCUCCGAAAUGUCCAACCCAGUUCGGUUCGGACAAGAGUUCACUGGCAAGGUUGCCAACCCGCGAGAUGUCCUUGUGUUUCACCGUGCCAAAAAGGCUGCGGCACGAAGUUCCAAAGCUAACGCUGCGGAGCAACCGGAGCUUAGCAUCGAUGAUCCGGAGUUGACUAUAGCGGAAAAGCUCAGCAGGGUCCGAGUACACACCCUCGUGCAGGAGUAUCUGGCUGCGCAAGAACUACAGCUGUUGAGCGAGAGCGGCAUGUCUGAUGCGAUCCAGGUGUUUGUGGACAAGGACGAUCCGCAUGCGAUCGCAACGCACGUCUCUGCAAUGCUUAAGAACCUCAUCAAAGGUGUAAAUACUGCGGAGGAAAUGGACGAGGAGGCCCUGGAAGAAGCGUUCUCUAGAGCGAAGGAACAGACGGAAAAACUCUAUGCUGAGAAAGAACAGGCGAAACAGGCAAAAGCCAAGGGCAAGGCUAAGCCAACGGUUGAUGGCGUUGACUCAGACGCAUCCGUAGAUAGCAUGGCUAUGGACGUGGAUGGCUUGGGUGGAGCGGGAGGAUCUGACUUUGAUGAAGCAUCUGAAGACGCGGUUCCUCAGAAGAAGGCGCCGACCAGGGGCGGGAAAACAACCGCUCCCCCGGCGAAAAAGCCUUCAAGGGCGGUUAAAUCCACAGCCAAGGUGGCGAAAGGCAAAGGGAAGCGAGCCGUGGUACGCUCACACGAGGAUGAGGUUCUAAUUUUGGAAGAUGAAGGUGAUGAUACGCCCGCUCCAACACCCGCGCCCGCUAAGAGAACAAGCCGAGCAGCCGUCCUAAGUUCUACGACGAAGGCACCAGCCAGAAAGAAAACAGCUGCAACGUCAUCCAAAUCAACACAAAGUACGCUGACGUUCGCAUCUUCAGGGAGAACAACAUCAACACGCGCUGCAGCGACUAAAGCAAGAGGGAAGGUGGAGCUUGGCGAUAGUGACGAAUGA